ACAUGUGCCUGACUGCUCCGUUGUGUGUGCGUGUGUGUGUGUGUGUGCAGGUGGAGAGGGGCAUAGACCUGGUCUACGGGGGCGGCUCCAUCGGCCUCAUGGGCCUCGUCUCCCACGCCGUCCACGCCGGCGGCCGCCAUGUCAUCGGGAUCAUCCCAAGAUCACUCAUGCCCAGAGAGGUAACUGGGGAUCCUGUAGGGGAAGUUAGAGCUGUUUCUGGCAUGCACGAGAGGAAGGCCGAAAUGGCUCGGUUUGCUGAUGCUUUUAUUGCCUUACCAGGCGGCUAUGGAACCUUGGAGGAGUUGCUUGAAGUGAUCACGUGGGCACAACUAGGAAUACAUAAGAAGCCGGUCGGUCUGCUGAACGUCGACGGAUUCUACGACCCACUGCUGUCGUUCAUCGACGUGGCCGUCAACGAAGGCUUCAUCACCCAGGAGGCGAGGCAGAUCAUCAUCUCGGCCCCAACAGCCAAGGAGCUAGUGAUGAAGCUGGAGGAGUACGUCCCCGAGUAUGAGGUCGGCCUGGUCUGGGAUGACCAGAACCAGAUGCCAAGCAACAGCCUGGUCCCGGAGCCGCUGGAGACACCCGCGAUCACUUCAUCCUAAUCGAUGUGCCUCGCCUACAUCUCAGUUAGGGUUCUAACAACAGUGUCGAGAUAGCGGCGCCACAUAUAUUUAUUCUCUCCUAGAUAAGUCCUAGCCAACUGAAGGGCGACGAGGGGGCACAUUAUAGCAUGUGUGCUUGUUUUGGUAGCGUCGAUCGACCGAUCUCUUGUGUCACCGCUGAUGAUUGUUUUGGGUGGCAUGAUUAUAUUAAAUUAACUAGUGAGUAGUAGCUUACUAGCUUCCAACUUGUAUGGAUGGUUGAAUGGGUCACGGUUGGAUAGGCAAAGCAUGCAGCUAAGCCUCUGAAUUGAUCCUGCUGUGAUCCUGGAACAAGGGUUGACUAUAUAAAUAGCAGCACAUAUAGUUUAUCAACAAGGUCCCUCGUGCUGCAUUAUGUUAAUCCUUCCUGUUUCCAGUGCAUUGCCUCUUGUUUCUUGUUAACUGUCAAGCUGUCUAUCAAAGGCAUCAAAGAGAUAACCAUUCUAUUCUA